UCCACCUGGAGGCUGGAGGGCGGGAUAAAUGGAGUCCAGAGUGCGUUCUGCCAGUGCAGUAGGGGAGUUCUCUCUCCUGCAAGGGAUGGAAUCGUAGUCAUUCCUAGUCCGGCCCCCUUCCUCUCCUUUUCCACAUAGGGGCGCCCUUCCCGCUAACUUUCCCCCACCCACCGAUUGCAUACGGAGGGGGACCCACCCGAAGCGCAGGCGAUGCCAUCGUGGGGCCUGCGCGCCCGCGGCCCUAGCCCGGGGGCAGAGGCCGCUGCUGGGCACCUGGAGGCGACUGGGAAGGUCGGAGGGAGGGUGCUCUCCUCCCGCCCCACACCCAGUCUCCGGAGCCGGAUAUAUAGUCACGUUUGGGAGCUCCGAGAGCGGAGCGGUUCCUCUCGGCCGGAGAGCCUCCCGCAUCCCCCGGAGGACCGACCGUGGCAGCGCAGCCCGUGGAGCCACCGGAACUUCUUCGCAGAGACAUCCAAGAGGAAAGGAGAGAUCAUGUCUAUGGUUGCAGCUUUCUAUAGUAACAAAUCCAUCCUCAUCACGGGCGCCACAGGCUUCCUCGGCAAGGUGCUGAUGGAGAAGUUGUUCCGUACCAGCCCCCAGCUGAAAGUCAUUUACAUCCUUAUACGACCCAAGGCUGGCCAAACGCUGCAGGAGAGGGUGUUCCAGAUCCUCAAUAGUAAGCUGUUUGAGAAAGUCAAAGAAAUCUGUCCAAAUGUGCAUGAGAAGAUCAGACCCAUCUCCGCAGACCUCAACCAGAGUGACCUUGCCAUCAGCAAGGAGGACAUGCAGGAGCUCCUGUCCGGCACCAACAUUGUCUUCCACUGUGCGGCCACCGUGCGCUUUGACGCCCAUCUGAGAGAAGCUGUGCAGCUAAACGUCAUUGCCACCCAGAAGCUCCUGCUCAUGGCCAGCCAGAUGUCAAAGCUGGAGGCCUUCAUCCACAUCUCUACUGCCUUUUCUAACUGCAACCUGAAGCGCAUCGAUGAAGUCAUCUACCCAUGCCCUGUGGAGCCAAGGAAGAUAAUUGACUCCAUGGAGUGGUUAGAUGAUGCUAUCAUUGAUGAGAUCACUCCCAAGCUGAUCGGGGACAGGCCCAAUACCUACACCUAUACCAAGGCCUUGGGAGAGAUGGUGAUCCACCAAGAGAGCGGAAACCUGAAUGUCGCCAUCAUCAGGCCCUCCAUCGUGGGAGCAUCCUGGCAGGAGCCUUUCCCAGGUUGGAUUGACAACAUAAAUGGACCCAGCGGGCUCAUCAUUGCGAGUGGAAAAGGAUUUCUCCGGUCCCUAAGAGCGACUCCCAUGGCGAUAGCAGAUGUCAUCCCAGUUGACACGGUUGUCAAUCUCACCAUCGCAGUAGGAUGGUACACCGCGGUCCACAGACCUAAAUCAACAUUAAUCUACCACUCCACAUCUGGUAAUCUCAACCCCUGUCUCUGGCAUGACAUGGGAUUAAAAGUCUUGGCAGCUUUUGAAAAAAUCCCAUUUGAGCGUGCAUUCAGAAGGCCAUAUGUUGACUUCACAACCAACAACUUCACCACUCAGUACUGGAAUGCAGUCAGCCACUGGGCCCCAGCCAUCAUCUAUGACUUUUAUCUGAGGCUUACUGGAAGGAAACCCAGGAUGUUGAAACUCAUGAAUCGGCUCCUGAGAACCAUUUCCAUGCUGGAGUAUUUCAUCAACCACAGCUGGGAAUGGAGCACAAACAACACAGAGAUGCUGCUGUCAGAGCUGAGUCCUGAGGACCAGAGAGUAAUACUACUUCCUCUGUGCAGGCCCUCUCAUGCAAACCACUGGCUUGAAUACAUUGAAAACUACGUUUUGGGAAUUAAGAAAUACCUACUGAAAGAGGACCUGGCUGGGAUCCCCAAAGCAAAGGAGCACCUAAGAAGGCUCCGGAACAUUCACUACCUCUUCAACACAGCACUCUUCCUCAUCGUCUGGCGCCUCCUCAUCGCCAGGUCUCAGACGGCUCGCAAUGUUUGGUUCCUCAUCAUGAGCUUCUGUUACAAGUUCCUCUCCUACUUCCGGGCCUCCAGUGCGCUCAAGGUCUAAGGACAUGCCACCAGCCCGUCCCCUGCAGCCUGCCCUCUCAGGCAGGAACCCAAGUCUCCAGCUAGGAGGUAACGAGGGGCUCGUCCAGCACCAAACUUCCCGUCUUCAUCCUCCUUCACUGUUGCUUCAGUGAGGAGGAAAGGCGCAGUCCAACCGCACAUUUAGAAAAAGCAAGUUCCACAUUAUGUCCUGCCAUUGCACUCGUGGCAUGAGGGCACUCCCGUCUUCCUCUAGCCUUUCCCUUCUGACAGGGCUCAUUUCAGCUCCUUAAGCAUGGAGAACACACGGCCGAAUCCCAAACAGACAGCACUGUCCAGGGAACCGUGCUGGGCACCCCGGAAAAACGCUUGAGCCACGAUUAGUGGAUCGGUGCUGUCGAACAGCCCCAAGGAAAGUGCCUGCCUUCCGUCCUAGACCUUAGAGCCGCACUGGGGCUGGGCGAAGUGGGCUCAUGCCUCAGUUUCUCACCUGCAUCCACUUAUAAAGGGUAAAUCAUCACACAAAAUGAAAACUUGAGCAGAUCCACAUCAGGAAAUGUUACAUGCUUUUAAGUCAAAGUUUAUAGCUUCCCAUUUUCCUGAAAGUUCCCCCGAGUUUCCUUCUUAUUCAUUAAUGCUGCCAAAGUUCUUAUGCUAAGCUGACUUCACUCAGACCUCAAUCUUCAAGGCUGAUAGGGAGAAGUUCCUAGACUAGAAUCAUGAAAACCCAGCAACCGGAUCAUUGCCAGUGAGGAAAGCUUACCUGAGGACUCUUGGUAUCUCAGUCAUUCCUAUCAUACAUUAAUUGUUCAACGUAGAGUUCAAAGGUGAAAUGGGUGGAGAUUUUUGCUUAAAACAUUUCAGCUAAAAUAAUAAGCUGUUACUCUGCUUUCCUCGUUAUUUGAGGUGAGGGUGUCUGGGACUGCAGAUCUCUGCAUGCUAAAAACAUGAGCUAUUAAUCCAACACAGUAUCUGGGAAACCACACACUGUGCUUGCACGCUGGCAGCUGACGUGUACAGGCCUUGGGUAGCAUCCAGCCCAGUACCAAAGGUCUCCUGAGCUCCCUGAGGAGCAGCUGAGCCUUUCUGGUAAUUAGGAUCAAGGGACUACUUUCCAGGCAGUCAACUCUGAAACAAAGCACCUGGUCUUUGAGAUUUCUUCAUUGCACAAGAGAGGCCAACUAUGGAUACAAAAGAUGAAGUCAAGAUAGAGGACUGAAACAGGACCAAUGGUUUACCACCUGCAGAUCACUGUUUCAUCAAUUCAAGAAGUCCACAGUUUGAGCUUGAACUUCUGAUGAAAUAAAACUUUGAAUUACCGACUCUCAUUUGCAGUGCUGUCUUAUCUACUCCCCACAACC